AGAGAAUUUCUUAAUUAUGCUAAAAUCGAUCCAUAUGGCCAUUCCUUUAUGAUAUAUAAUUCAAAUGAACUUAAAAAUAAGGUAAAUUUAUGGAAAUAAACACUUCCAUGGAUUACACCAUAUUAUGCAAUUAAGAGCAACCCUAUUGAACCUUUAUUAUAAGAUAUCAUUAAUGGACCUUUUGGGACUUUUGACUGUGCCUCUAAAGGAGUAAGAUCUUUAUAAUAUCUUUAGGAAAUCUAAAUGGUGAUGAAAUAUGGAGUUCCCGCUUCAAAGCUGGUUUAUAGUAAUCCAGUCAAAGAGGAAAAGGAUAUUUAUUAUGCUAAGAACAAGGGAGUCUCAAUAACCAGUGCUGACUCUAUUGAUGAACUAAUCAAAAUCUAAAAGAUAGCACCAGAGAUGAAGAUACUAUGGAGAUUAUCUAUUGUUGAAGAGAACCCAGAAUAAAUGGCUACCUUAUUUUCAGGCAAAUUUGGAGAUGAUGUACCUAAUUUAGAGGCUGCUCAUAAAAGGUUUAAGUAAAUUCAAUAAAUGGGAAUUCAAUUACAUGGUAUUCAUUUUCAUUGUGGAAGUGCUGUCUAAGGAUCAUCCUCUUUUGGAAAAGUAAUUAAUUUAUUUAUCUUUAGGCUAUUGAUUUGGCCUAAGAAUGCAUGAGAAUAGGAAGAUUGUAUGGACAUAAGAUGGAAUUAUUAGAUGUAGGUGGUGGAUUUCCUACUGGUAAUAUUCAUGAAAAUGCAAUUAAUGCAUUAAAAAAAACUUAUAAUGAUCCUUUAGGAUAUUAAGUGAUUGCUGAACCUGGAAGACAUUUUAGUGCUAAUACAUGUUCAUUGUUGUUUAGAAUAAUGACUAAAAGAAUUAAGCAUGGUAGAUUAUGUUAUCAUGUAAAUGAAUCUUUGUAUCAUUCUUUUAACUGUAUACUUAUGGAUGGUAUCUCAUUUGAAAAUUAAAAUGAUCAAUUCUAUGGUGUUCUCAAUUCUGAUGAAUCCUAAAAUUCUUAAAUUUCUGAUCAAUCUAACGUUUCAAUUUUUGGAAUGACAUGUGAUGGUGCUGAUAUUAUUGCAAAGAAUAUGACAGUUCCUAAUGACAUGUAAGUUGGAGAUUGGUUAUGUAUGUAAGGUAUGGGAAGUUACACUAUUGGACCUAAAUCCACAUUUAAUGGAAUGAAAUCAACAUCUAAAAUUUAUUAAUGGAAUGGUUAAAUUGAAUAAUCAAAUGAAGUAUCACCUUAAAUUGCCAUCAGUUAGAUAUGUUGAUUUAUAAAUAAUAUACAUAAAUAUAUAUAUAGAUACA